AUGGGUAACUGCAAUUCAAUCCCCCAACCAGCUGAAGACACAAUUCUUGCCGCUUUAACUAGUUUUAUAAAUUGUGUUUCUAAAAAGGUAAAUUAUAAACGUGAACUCAAAAAAAAAAUUGUUCUCUUAGAGGAUGGAUUGGGAAAAUUGAUUGAAGUAAAGAACGAUGUGCUUCAAAGAGUUGAGAAUGAGGAGAAACAACCGCAAAGAAAACGGCUGAGUCAAGUGCAAGGGUGGCUGACAAGGGUGGCAGACGCGAUAACAGAAGUUGAUAAACUAAUAAAAGACAGCCCUGAUGAAGUAGAGAGGUUAUGUCUUGGAGGCUUAUGUUACAAGAACUACAAGUUUGCAAGCUCAAGGUUCGGGAAGAGAGUUGCUGAAAAACUGAAACUCGUGGAGAGUUUGAAGGCAGAAAGUAAAGGCUUCGGUGAGGUGGCUAAUCGGAGACCGGAUGAUGCAGCGGAUGAUCGGAUACCUUGUAAGCCAACAGUUGGUUUAGAAUCAACGUUUCAUGAAGUUUGGAGAUGUUAUGAAGAAGAUCCGGAGAAGAUUAUUGGCCUAUAUGGCAUUGGGGGAGUGGGGAAAACUGCCCUGUUAAAUCAAAUCCACAACAAGAUCCUUGAGACGUCAGCUGAUAUUAUUUUGAUUAGGAUAUCGGCGACCAACAAAAAUCUUGAAAACAUUCAAGAUGAGAUUGGGAAGAAGCAAGUUUCAGAUGAUGAGUCAUGGAAAACUAAAAGUUCCUUGGAGAAAGCUAAGGAAAUCCACAAGAAUUUGAAGACGAAGAAGUUCGUGUUACUGUUGGAUGACUUAUGGGAGUGGGUUGAUUUGACCGAAGCAGGUGUCCCUCUUUCAGAUUCAAAUGCUGUAUCGAAGGUGUUCUUCACAACGCGCCUUCUGAUGAAUGUUUGUGGCCGUAUGAAACCUCACAUGAUUCCUGUGGAAUGCUUGGGACAUGAAAAUGCCUUAAAGUUAUUUCUAAGUACUGUUGGAGAUUGGGCUCUUGGCAGUCAUCCAGAAAUUCCUUCGCUUGCUGAAACCAUGGCAAAAGAGUGUGGUGGUUUGCCACUGGGACUUAUCAAAGUUGCUGAAGCCAUGACUCACAAGAAGACACCUCAAGAAUGGGAUUAUGCUAUCAAUGAGUUUCAGAGAAUGGGGCAUGAAUAUUCAGGCAUGCAGGAAGUGUACCGGGUGCUAAGGUCAAGUUAUGAUCACUUGCCUAAAGACCCGAUAAUUCAGUCUUGUUUCUUAUAUUGUAGUUUAUUUUCAAAAAAUCAUAUAAUCUCUAAGAGGGAUUUGAUAGAUUGUUGGAUUGGUCGGAGAUUUUUGGACGACAAACAUGUAGCGCAAAACAAAGGAUACCACAUAAUUGGUAUUCUUCUCCAUGCAGGGUUGUUGGAAGAAGAAGAUGAUGACCGAGUGAAAAUAAAUGGUAUUACUCGUGAUUUGGCUUUGUGGCUAAUAAUAAAUGACAAAGGGAAGGAAAAUGUUUUUGUUAAUACUGGUGCUGGAUUAACUGAAGCACCUGAGGCUGGAGAAUGGGGAGGGCUUACAGGGGUGUCAAUGAUGGAAAAUCAAGUUGAGAUUUUACCAGAGAGACCUUCAGCCCAUUGUCUUGAAACUUUGUUUCUUAAUGAUAACAAUCUAAAAGUUAUCAAUGGUGGCUUCUUCAAAUUUAUGUCUUGUCUCACAGUUCUAAAUCUGUCAAACAAUCCCUCCCUAACUGAACUACCGCUGGAGAUUUCAAAAUUGGGUUCACUGCGGCAUCUUGAUCUAUCAGGCACUGGUGUAAAAGAAUUGCGAGAAGAGUUGAAAGCCUUGUCAAAUCUAAGGUAUUUGAACUUGAGGAAUACAUCUGAACUCCAGACAAUUCCGCAAAAACUGUUAUCUAACUUCUCAAAGUUAGAGACAUUGAGAAUGUUGGAAUGCGGUGCUGUGAAUCAGGGUGGAGAACUUUUGAUAGAGGAGCUUCUUCGUUUGGGACGAUUAAAUAGUUUGGACAUCAGCAUAAAAAGUUCUCCAGCUCUUGAAAGGCUUUUGAGCUCUCGCAGUUUGGUGAGUUGUUUGGAAUCUUUAUCCCUUCAAAACUUAGCCCAUACAAGGGCCAUCAAAGUCUUUUUAGCAGAUUUGAAGAAGCUCGAAAAAUUACAUAUUUGGGAUUGUGAAUAUUUGGAAGAGUUGCAGAUUAUUUGCUUAGACGGAGAAAACGCCGAAAUAUGUGAUUUCCGUAACCUUCGCGAAGUAAACAUAAUGUCUUGCUCAAACUUGAAGCACCUCACAUGGCUUAUUCUUGCAACAAGCCUCAGGCGUAUUGUGAUAUCUGAUUGCUCUAAUGUGGAAGAACUUAUCAGUGUUGGAAGACUAGGUGAAUUUCCAGAGAGGGUGCAAGGUCGUAUCCCAUUCCAAAAACUCGAAUCUAUUGUAUUACGAGGUCUUCCAAACUUGCAGAGAAUCAAUGAGACUGCCUUGCGCUUCGCCAAUAUGAAGGAAAUUGAAGUUAUCGGAUGCCCUCAGCUCAAGAAGCUUCCGGUUGAUUCUGAAAGCGCAAAGGAAGGAAGAAUUGUUAUCAAGGGAGAACAACAAUGGUGGGACGAGCUUCAAUGGGAGGACCCGACCAUUCGCGCUACUUUUGAACCUUGUUUCAAGCAGUGGUGGUAA